UAUCAAUAACAGAUCUGUAGGAAAAACAGGCCAGUCUUCGAAAACACAACACGUGGGGGGUUUGGUCUGGUACCAGUUUUUGACAAGAAUGGGUAUUUGGCUCGGAGUUGUUGUUUUCGUUAUUAGUGGAAUUAACACAGAUGGACGGACAAGCGACCCAUCUCAAUUCUCUUUGACACUUAGAAUGCCAGAUGUCAGUUCUCACAAGCCUGAUGCACUGCUGUGCCAUGCCGUUAAGCUGGACUCAAAAACCGCCUACGUUUUGAAGUACGAACCGCAUGCCUCUAGACACGUGGCGCAUCACUUGAUGGUGUACGGUUGUGGACAACCUGGUAACACCGAUUCUUCCUGGUCAUGUGACGAAUCAGACGACAUGUCUGUAAGGUCAGUGUGUGGAGACGGGGCGAGAAAAAUCGUGUACGCUUGGGCUCUCGACGCAGACUCAGUACAACUACCAAAAGAUGUGGGAUUCCGAGUAAGUGGCAGCACUGGUAUUAACUACAUGGUCCUACAACUACACUACGUGAACGUCUUCAAACCCGGACAGACAGAUAAUUCUGGUGUCACGCUACGUAUGACCUAUACUCCUCAACCCAAACAGGCAGGAUUUUACGUUUUAGGGAAUAUGGGCUUUAUUCCCCCGCAAAUUCCAGAGUUCCACAUGGAGUCAGCCUGCUAUUACAAGAACCUAUAUCCAAUUUAUCCCAUUGGUUACAGAACGCAUUCUCAUAAUUUAGGUGUCGUCACUUCCGGAUACAGAAUACGAAAUGAGGUGUGGACGGAAAUAGGUCGGAUGUCACCACAACUUCCAGAGACGUUUUACAACACCAGUAAUCCAGGCAUAGAUAUACGAAAUGGAGAUAUACUGGCUUGUCGGUGUACGAUGAACAGCAUGAAGAGAACUAAUUACACUGUGAUGGGACCACGAAACAUUGACGAAAUGUGUAACUUUUACAUCCUGUACUACACGUACCAAGAGCAAGACCUUAAAGUCCAAUACUGUUUCCAAAGAGCGCAGAACUUCCGGUGGAAAGACUACCUUCCAAACAUCCCGACUGACGCCAGUUCUCUUGAUGGUAUUCCUGGAAGUGAUGUAGUCAGACGGAAGUUUGGCAUCACCAAGAAGAGCAUGGAUUCUAUGCAUAAGGAGGAUCUCGAUACCAUGUGAUGGAUACAGUUCCUUGGUGUGCUGCCAUUGAAAUAUGUUUCCUACUAAUACAGCCUUGUAGAUUAACCUACCAAUGUCAAGCUUAGAUUAACCAGAGGCAAUUAAAUGCAUCCCACAGUC